AUGGCCUCCUUUCGGGCACUUAGAUCUCAGUAUGCUUCACUGCUGAAGCAGUUCGCUGCCUCAACUAAAGAAUUUGAGGUCCUCGCUACAGUGCCCACUGAUCAUGCCCCACCACCCAAAAUUCUCUACGUGCUGGACUCGUCAUUCAAUCCUCCCACCCGCGCCCAUCUCCGCAUUGCCAGCUCCGCGCUCCUAGAAAAAUUAGAGCCCGGCUCUCGUCUACUUCUUCUCCUUGCUACCCAGAAUGCCGAUAAGCCAUCUAAGCCUGCGCCCUUUGAGGACCGCCUGGCCAUGAUGGAACUCUUCGCUCAUGACGUACGGUCCCAUCUUGCGGCCAGGGACCCUUCAGUGUCCGCCUCAUCAAUGGAACAUAUUCCUACAAUUGACAUUGCGGUCACAAAGAAGCCUUACUUUAUUGAUAAGGCAGCAGCCAUUGAGGCAUCGGAUCAUUAUCCGUCUCCCCUGGAGCAAGUCCACCUCACAGGCUACGACACAUUGAUCCGGAUCUUCAAUCCCAAAUAUUACCCUCCAGAGCAUACACUACAGCCUCUCAGUGCGCUGUUCUCGCAACAUCGGUUGAGGGUAACACUGCGACCCGGUGAUGAUUGGGGUAACAGAGAAGAACAGGAAAGCUUUGUUGAUAGUCUUGCUCGUGGGGACCGAGAUUCUGAAGGUGCACAGAGGGAAUGGGCACAGAAAAUCCAGCUUAUCGAGGGCAGGAAACCUGAUGACCCACCAGUCAGUUCUACCAGAGCUCGAGAGGCAGCACAGUCUGCUCCUCAGGACCUGGAAUGGUUAAUACCGGACCAUGUGCGGCAAUUUGUGAUCUCAGAAACGCCAUACUCGACGGAAAGCCCCGGCACGAAAAUAUAA